GUAAUAAUAAACGUGCACCUCAAACGCCCCGGCUCAAACAUUCUUCAACCACCAACAUCAACAUUCGCAACGUCGAUUAUCGAGCUAUGGUUUCAUUGGAGACCUUGACACCCUUUCAGGAUAAACCAAUCGAGCCUUGGCAGUUCCAGCUUAUUUCACCACAUAACCGAAUAGCAGGAUUGUACAUUUACCAUUUUGAAUGGGUAUUUGGUCUAGAGUAUGAUGGCUUUCCCUACAGCAGCGAACUCAAUACGAUGUCAGUCUCGAAGGAUAUCCGACCGUAUCUCGAGAAAGGCCUGUUGAUUCUCAUUCCGACCGCUGACGUUUUGGAAAGAGCCUACGAGAUGUUGAUCUACAAUAAUAAACGUCCUCGCGAACCUGACGAGCGCAAACGUUUUGAGGAAUUUGGUACAGGUCCAUGGGAAUAUACUAUUAUGCCAGGACGAUGGGACAGAAAGACCAAGAAAAGCUCCUUACCACCGUUAUUCGAUUGUUCACCCGAUGGGACUCUCAUCCCUUUCUCUUUCGAUGACUGCGAUUACGACACUCUUCCGCGAUUCACCUCCGUUGUGCAUCCCCUCAUAGUUAUCAUGCUGCACCGCAUGAACAUACGAGACGAUCAUCCUUCCAUGACUAUCCAGGAGAAACUCAUCGCGCCGCUGGAGAAGGUUUUAUGCAAGUGGCCGGAAUGGCAACAUAACCGGUUUCUACCUAUGGCUAACGCCAAAUUUAAGCGCGAAUACGACGUGGGACGGAAGAUAGUUUGUCGAUGCCUCCGCUGUUUGGAAAAUACCCCUAGCACCACUACUGCCUCUUCAUCCGAAUUAGAGGAUACAUACACGGACGAUGAAGAAGAGGUGGGGAAAGAAGGUCGCGAGGAUGAAUAUAAGGAGCUAUCUCGUAUAGCGAACGAGAGGAUCUCAGUAUGGAGAGGGUGUUUGGAGGGAGUUGCGUCCAACCACGAUGAUGUCAAACACGACGAUAUAUUGGACCGUUACGCUCAGGAGUGUACGGAUGCAGCAGACAAGGUAAUGCUUAGGCAAGAGGAAGAGCGGGCCAAGCGAGAGGCACUGGCUGCAGAAAUGCAAGGCGACUUUCCUUCGAAAAAGAAAUCUAGACUUUCCUAACCAUUCAUUCCUUUUUGAUCUGUUUUGCUUUCAUAUUCCAUUGUAUUAUUUCACAAGUCCGGUGGAUCUUAUUGUUCUCUGUGUUUAUAUUCCUAUUCCUAUCAGCAUGUAUCUGAAACGCUAUCGUUAUACAAAGGUCUUUGAGCUACUUCUU